UGUCUGAGAAAUGUUUAACAAUAAUUUACUCGAAAAUGUGAAAUGAAAUAAAUUAUUUGCGAAGAGUUGCGUGUUUAGUGAGUGUGAGGGGUAACAGGAGAGAGUCGCUGCACGACAAUGACGAACGGAAAUCACGUACACAUGCGCGCGCGCUCGCUCGCUCACACACACACACACUGACACUCUCUCUCUCUCACACACACACACACACAUUCCUGAUCGGAGCUCAGACCGGUUGAACAGGUGUGAUGGGUUUACUGGGUGUAAUGGGUUUGUCGGUGAGGUCUCUGCUCUCAGCUCGGAGUGAAAUCACCCGGAAGUGUUCACUCGGAGUGCACACAGGAGUGAGAAUGAUGGAGUGCAGUAAAGGACUCAUGUUCCGCCAGUUAUUCGAGUCUUCCAGCAGUACCUACACGUACCUGUUGGCAGAUGCGAGUUCUCAGGAGGCCAUACUGAUUGACCCGGUUCUGGAGACAGUGGAUCGGGACCUGAAGCUGAUUGAGGAGCUCGGACUGAAACUCACCGUGGCAGCAAACACACACUGCCAUGCAGAUCAUGUGACCGGAACAGGGCUGUUGAAGAAGCGAGUAUUCGGGCUGAAGAGUGCGAUAUCGAAACACAGCGGCGCUCGUGCCGACAUCCUGCUGUCAGAAGGGGACACCAUUACUUUUGGAAAAUAUUGUGUGACAGUCAGAGAGACUCCAGGACACACAGAUGGGUGUGUGACGUUUGUGACAGGAGACGAGUUGAUGGCCUUCACUGGAGAUGCUCUGCUGAUCAGAGGAUGUGGGAGAACUGACUUCCAACAAGGCUGCUCCAAGAGGCUUUACCAAUCUGUCCAUCAGAAGAUCUUCACUUUACCAGGACACUGUCUCAUUUAUCCUGCACACGACUACAAAGGACAGACUGUGUCCACAGUGGAGGAGGAGAGAAAGUUUAACCCGAGGUUAACCCGCCCACUGGAGGAGUUUGUGGAAAUCAUGAACAAGCUGAAUCUCCCCAAACCAGCCAAGAUCGAUGUGGCCGUUCCUGCUAACCUGGUGUGUGGUCUUCAUGAUGGUUGAGGAGGAAAAUUUACUCUGAAUCACUUGAACAGCGGCGAGAGAUCAUGAGAUGAGAUGAUGAGAUAUUAGAUUUGUGUUCACACGCGUUUAUAUAAAAGUGUGUUUGAUGAUUAUGGAAUGAUUUAUAAUGUAAACCUGUUCUGUAACUCAAUGAUCCUGAAUAAAGAGCUUCUGAAAGUGCAUCAUAAAAA